CAUUUUUGAAAUAUUUACAAGUUUUUUGACACAUUUUGUAAACAAUUCGUUAACAAGUUAAAACUGUGAUAUUUUAAAAUUAGCUUUAAUAUUUACAAGUAGAUUACGAGGAAAUCUGGAAAAUGGCGUUCAAUUUCGAUAGCGGGCAAUUCAACAAAGAAUCGACGCCGAAGCGCCUCGGCAACUGGCAGGUCCCUCGUUGGGCACCAACUCGAGCGAGGCCUCUAGAGAUGCGACCAGACCCGAAGCCAAUAUGCGACAUUAAUGGCCGUUUUCUGCCUGGAGCACCCAGGGGAUCUUCAAGGUGUUUCGGACACUAUACUGGCACUUGGGACCUACCUAGGAAGAUUACCAGAAAAGUUGCUGAGGAGUUGGCGAAAGAGCCCCCUGACGGAAGGUUCCCAGAUUGGUUGAAACUUCGUGUUCAAAGGCCAAAGGCGAUCGCAGGACGCGUGCGCGCCGGGAAACGCGGCAAGGCAGACGACAUCAAGCCGGCAGAGGAGCAUACUUUCGACGAUCAGGAUAAGGUAGGUGCUACAGAAACCCUAGACAAGCAUCCAGACGAACUUGAGGAUAACAACAAUAAAGAAGAUGACCCUUUGCAAUUGAGUACCCCAAAAGAACCAGUAGACGGUGAUGGCCACGGUCCUUAUAUACCUGGAUCAAAAACUGAACCAGAACAGAGACACGACAACUAUGAUCUUUUAGUGAAGGACGCUGUAGAACAACUACAUGGCCCACAAGAAAAUCCAACGGACGAAUUUUGGCGAAAAGUAGACGAAAAAGCUCAAAAAGACAAUGAGGUUAUGAAAUACGCUAAGAAAAGCGCAACACCGAAGUUACCUUACGUUAACGUAUCGCAGAAUUUCCAAUUCGCUAAAAAAAUGCACGCUGGUAAUUUAGAGCAUGAACCUCUCCCCGACACAUUAGGGUACCGUAAUAUGACAAAAGUAGGCGAACAUAGAGAUUCAGAUAUUGUUGUGAAACCAUACGCUAUUGGAUGGAAAGGUUAUGGAGCAUCUGGACCUACAUGUUGCACUAAAAUGCGCGUUCAUAGACCUAAAACAUGUGACCCGAAGAAAACUGAAGGUGAGGAUGACAAACGUAAACAGCGCCCGGCAACGUCUGAUCUAGCAAGCCAAUAUAAAAAGCCUCUUUCACUAAUGGAUUUAGCAAUUUGCUGGGAUUUCAAAACAGACAAUCCAAAAAGUGAACCCAGACCUCCAAAACAUAUAGACGGAUCGAACGGAUCAUUAGCGCCAGCUGUCUUUACAAUGGUACAUACGCCCAAAGAAGAUGCACAAGAAAACGUACUAUCACAUGCGUUACCAAUUUUUAACCAAAAUCGGCAAGGCGAUGAUCCAGGCCGACACAGCGUUCCACAUUUUGAAAAAGAUAUAACUAAGGAAAAAAGAAAAGAUUCCUGCGAAGUGCAGCACUGCCCACAGCAUAACGAAGCAAACAAGAUUAGCAAAUCCAGAUCAUCGAGUAGAAAGAGUUCGGCCCAAUCAAAUAAAAGUAUCUGUGAUGGAAUAAAUGGUUGCGGAACUUUAUCAGAUAUAAGCCAUAACAAUGUGGAUCGCGAAUCAAUACCUAAAAUAAACCAAUCUAAAGAAGCAUGGAAUACAGAAAGUAAAAGUAAAAAUUCAAAAUAUGAUAUUAAUCGUAAUCGUCACAGUAUAGAAUCGUAUGACAAGACCCCAUUAGCCCAAGGAAAGUUGCACCAGAGCUCGCCAAACGAAUCUGAAAUCUCUAGACAUUCUGCCAAAGCCUCAUCGAAAAAUAGUAAUUCUUCCAAUAAUAAUACUAAACACAAAAACUGUAUAUCGUGUAACGGAGCAAAAAUACCACAAGAUAAGAGGCAAAAAGAUGACUAUAAGUUUGCUUUUAAAGCUGGUAACCCGAAUUCGGUUCAAAGUAACACGUCAAAUGACUCUAAGGAUCUGAAAAUACCUAAGAUGCGCCAUCCUUACACAAAGAAGUCUUAUACUAUUCCCACUUUAGUCCCUCCUUUUAGUAUUUGGCGUGAUGCAAAUGCGACGGGCUAUCCUGAACAUUGGAGAUUGGCAAGCGUAUAUCAGCAUGCGUACAAACCACCUGAGCAACGACGUAAGCCGCUUAUUGAAAGCGUGUAUCAAUAAUUUUUUAGGUUUAUAACUGUCGUUUCAAAUACGAAGAACACUGGCAACAUUAUUCUGUAAGGGACUUGAUAUAGCAAGCGCCCCGGGCGCAGAGACGGUAUGCUGUAAAGACAAAUGUAUGGCGCUCUACUCUAUGUAACGACAUGGGCGCUUGUUGUAUUUCUCUACUACUCUCUUAUACUGCUUCUAUAUUGCUGUCUUAUAUCUAAAAGCCAUUAUCUGCAAUACAUUAAGAGUUAUCACCAUAAAAUUGGCAAUUUAGAAAACAUGUUUCUAAAAAUGUUUUCUAAGUAGAACCAAACUAAAAACCUUCGUCCUACGUAUCAUUCUGUCUCAGAAAUGCUAGUUUUUUAAAAUUUCCAUGUUCUUGGCUAUAACUCAAAAACAAUUUUUUGCAGUUAACAGUGUUUUAGAUAUAUCAACUUUGACUUGCGCUUAGUAUAUCAAGUCCCAAAAGCGCUUACCUGACAAAGCCUAUUUUUACUUAUCAUGUUCUAAAUUUUUCCUUAUUUUUAAUAAUAUCAAAUCAAAAAUAUUUGUGCAUAUACAGAGUGAUAUUACUGAUGUUCUUGUUGUUUAAACACCCUAAUGAUAUUGAGCUACGAUUUAAAAAUAAAUAAUCUGAGGUGGCAACUAGCAACAUCUGGCAAUGGAAUAUUUUGACAUUGAUAUUAUUUAUUAUUAUCAAUCAAAUACACCUGUUGGGUCCAAUAAGUCAAUGUAAAAUUGUUAUGUGUAAUAAAAAUUAAAAUUCUGUGA